AUGCGGAUCAGGUAUAACAUCAUUGCCUCUAAUGCCUAUUUGGCUUCGGUUGGCAAACGCUGUGGACUGCAACGCCUUCUUGCUAAGAUCAAGGUCGACAAUUCCAGGGCCAAUGUUCGCGAGCAAGGUACUACUGUAGAGGCAACAUGGGGCGCCAUCUAUCUUGACUCUGGCUAUGACUAUGGAACAGUCAAAUCGGCAAUGGGAAAGAUGCUCGCAACGGCCGAUCUGCUCGACGACGGUAUGCUUGGCGACCCUGCUGAAGCCACACCAGUGAUGAGUCAUAUGCUAAGUGGCCCCACUAGUACCGAAGCACUGAGAAGGAGUGUGCUCGAUGGUUCUAUGACGGCCAUUGCAUCGGGGAAUGGCAUGCGCGACGCUCCUGCCACAAGCCAUGAAGCCGACGAGCCCGUUGACAUACCGCACUCUGACGUCCAUCUCCCCAGACGACGGAACAAUCGUCGCAUCAAGACUCGAAAUUUGACCUUGAAGCGAAUGCUGGGCGGCGAAGAAGAAGUCGAAAAUCUUGCAAGGAGAGCCGGCCUCAGACAGCCGAAUCAAUCGAAACUGUAG